GGGCCCUGGCGAUGACGUAAUUUCGUUGAUGACGAAAAAAGGCCAAGCUGCAACUACAGCAACCUCCGCAGAGGCCGAUACGAUGGAUUGAUAAAGCUAGAACUGAACGAGGGCCUGAGGCUGUUUGUGAUAAUGGCCUCAGAACUCCACGAAACCAUAUUUACAGCCAAACAAGAGCGGCACAAAAACCUUUUCCUAAACUACAGGAACCUAAACAUCUUUCCUGGAGAGCUUUUAAAAGAUGAAGGUUUGCAGUUCUUGGAAAGGCUCUACAUGAAAAGAAACUCGCUCACAAUACUGCCUGAUAAUCUAGCACAGAAACUCCCCAACCUGAUUGAAUUGUACCUCCACUCAAACAAUAUUGCCAUCAUUCCAGAAGCUAUAGGGAACCUUGUCAAACUGCAGUCCCUGGACCUGAGUGACAAUGCACUGCAGGUGAUCUGCCCUGAGAUUGGCCGGCUGCGGUCGCUAAGGCAUCUACGAUUGUCCAACAACCAACUGAAAUUCCUCCCACAAGAACUGGGUGACUUGAAGGAGCUAGAGACCCUGGAUGUGUCGAUGAACCUGCUAAGGACCCUUCCGGGGCGGCUGCACCAGUGCCUGUCGCUGCAGUGCCUGACUGCCGACCGCAACCUUCUGCACUGCCUCCCCCGCCACCUCUGCAUGCUGCCUGAUCUCAACGAGCUCUCCUUGGCUGCCAACUGCCUCACCUCGCUGCCUCUGGAUCUGGGGCGUUCUAUGGAGCUGCAGUUUGUUUUUGUGGACAACAAUGUACACCUCAAGGGACUGCCGUCUUACUUGUACAACAAAGUCAUUGGCUGCAGCGGAUGCGGUCUAGCUGUUCAGGUAUCUGGUGGGAAGCAGCUAUCUCUGACCCUCGGAGAUCUAAAUGUACCCCUGCCUUCAGAGGUGAAAGCUAUUGGUUCAGAGGCUGACCGGGUGUUGACCUUGGAGGAGAUAGUAAUGAGAUCCCUGUAUUUAACCUACAGCCAGCCGGGCAAGGAUGUGAAGUUCUUGCCUCGGUUCUUGCUGCCCACCAGUCUGUUGGAUCUGCUCCAGUGUCCGCUGGGACACUGCCAUCGCUGCAGUCAGCCUAUGUUCACCAUCGUCUACCCCAAGCUGUUCCCCCUCAGAGAAACUGCCCUGGCUGGGGUACACAGAAGAACGACUGUGAGUUUUGUGGCCUACUGCUGCUCCAGCCAGUGCUUGCAGAUGUUUGACCUGCAGAGCUGAUAACAGUCUCCCUGUCCUGCUAAUAACCCACCAUGGUGCUCUGCUAGUGAGGAAGGACGAAGAGAAUGUUGAUAUACUUCAUCUGCACUGAACU